UUGCCGCUGUGGCGAAGCCCCAAGCUCCCGCCCAGCCUCUUGAUAUUUUACGGGGCUGGACAUCCUCUUCCUACAUUGCCUGACAUUGCCACAGAGAGCUCAGCACUUCCUGAUCUGUUUCCUCCUCAGCCAUCGCACACAAUAUUUGAGUCAACAUGCCUCACGCUUACCCCUUUCUGUCGACGGAGCAAAAGAAGGAGCUCAGCGACAUUGCCAAGAAGAUCGUGGCCCCCGGGAAAGGCAUCCUAGCCGCCGAUGAAUCUACAGGCAGCGUCGCCAAGCGCUUCCAGGGCAUCAACGCGGAGAACACGGAGGAGAACCGCCGGCUCUACCGCCAGCUGCUGUUCACGGCGGACGACCGCGUGGCGCCCUGCAUCGGCGGCGUCAUCUUCUUCCACGAGACGCUGUACCAGAAGACGGACGACGGCAAGCUGUUCCCCCAGCUCAUCCGGGAGCGCGGCCAGGUGGUGGGCAUCAAGGUGGACAAGGGCGUGAUGCCCCUGGCCGGCACCGACGGCGAGACCACCACACAGGGUCUGGACGGUCUGUACGAGCGCUGUGCUCAGUACAAGAAGGACGGCGCCGACUUCGCCAAGUGGCGCUGUGUGCUGAAGAUCACCGAGAACACGCCCUCUGAGCUGGCCAUCAUGGAGAACGCCAACGUGCUGGCCCGCUACGCCAGCAUCUGCCAGAUGCACGGCAUCGUGCCCAUCGUGGAGCCCGAGAUCCUCCCUGACGGCGACCACGACCUGCAGAGGACCCAGUACGUCACCGAGAAGGUGCUGGCGGCUGUCUACAAGGCGCUGUCGGACCACCACGUCUACCUGGAGGGCACCCUGCUCAAGCCCAACAUGGUCACCGCCGGACACUCCUGCACCCGCAAGUACAGCGCCCAGGAGGUCGCCAUGGCAACCGUCACGGCCCUGCGCCGCACCGUGCCUCCCGCAGUGCCAGGCGUGACCUUCCUCUCCGGAGGUCAGAGCGAAGAGCAGGCCUCCAUCAACCUGAACGCCAUCAAUCAGUGCCCCCUGGGCCGGCCCUGGGCCCUCACCUUCUCCUACGGCCGCGCCCUGCAGGCCUCGGCCCUCAAAGCCUGGGGAGGGAAGAAGGAGAAUGGCAAGGCCUGCCAGGAGGAGUACAUCAAGAGGGCCCUGAACAACAACCUGGCCUCCCAGGGCAAGUACGUGUCCAGCGGAGACAAGGGGGCCGCCGGGGGAGAGUCCCUCUACGUGGCCAACCACGCCUACUAGACAUCUCCCAGCCCCCCCCCCAUCAUCACAUGACUACGACGUCGUCCAGUGAGCCCAGAUGUUACCCAACCGGCCACCUGCUGCAUCGCACACGGGCACAUCAGAUACUACACCAUUACCCCCCCCCCCCCCCACACAGACCCCCCCCCCCCCCCACAGUUUCUAACCACGGACUUUGUUAACGUCACUCACAGUUAUUAUUAUUUUUUGUUGUGCUGUCGCAUGUCGUGCCGUGUCACUUUAGCCCCUGUCCCCCCCACCCCAUCUACUGUGCACUCAAAACACCCUCCAUAUGAGUAUAAAAACCAGUCCCCCCCCCGUCCCCGUCCUCCCUCACUGUCGCCAGGGAUACGAUCCUGCUGUAUUAACGUUGUCCAGUGAGGUGUAUGCGUCUCUUGACCCCUAGGUCUUGUGUGAGUAUAAGAGCUAUUUUAAUAAAUCCUAAGUAGUCGUGCCUUCAUCUCUCCAAUCUCCCAACACCUGCUGGAGGAAGACCUAGGCUGGUUAAUCCGAAUUGUGUCGACGCUUAUAACUAAAGUAUAUGCACUGGAAAAGAAAAACAAAUAAAAUAUAACUGAUACUAAUACA